UGCGUCGUGUUCUGUCGUGCCCUGUGCCCUCCGGACGGCUCGCGCAAGUGUUUUGGAAGCGUGCGUGUUAAAGUAUUGCGCAUUAUGUUCGUGUAAGCUUCGGGGGUCAUUUGGACACCGAGAAAGCCAACGCUGAAGUAUGUCUCUGCUUCUGAAACACACCCUGAAGCGUUGUAGGACGUUUUCGCCGAGCCGGAACGAUGUCGUGCUUCUCCUGCGGCGUUUCGUUUCGGAAACAGCUCCUGGGCCGCACAUGGGAGUGCCGGUGGUCGAAGAGCGUCCCCUCGAUCUGUCCCAGGGAAAAGUCAAGCGAGAACCUUUUGUCAAGAAUAUGUUUAUAGGGAAGAUGGAAAGGGCCAUGCUAGCGUACCCAGAGGUGCUAACAAACGAGAAGCUUGAGGAGCUCGAAGCUAUGGUAGAGGCCAUCCGGAGGUUCUACGAUGAGAAUGUGGACACUGCCAAAAUAGACAGGGAAAAGAACAUACCAAAGGAAAUUCUGGAUGGCUUAAAGGCUCUAGGACUGUUUGGAUUACAAGUUCCAACAGAAUAUGGUGGCCUUGGCCUGACAGCUACAGAAUAUGCAAGGAUAUGUGAAGUCACUGGAAAAGAUGCAUCCUUGGGUGUCACUCUGGCUGCACACAAUUCUAUAGGCAUUAAGGGAAUUCUUUUGUGUGGGAACGAAGAGCAGAAAAGAAAGUACCUGCCAAAGCUCGCAACGGGGGAGCACAUAGCAGCAUUUUGCUUAACUGAACCAACAAGUGGUAGCGAUGCGGCAUCUAUUCAGCUCAAGGCGACACCUAGCCUUGAUAAAAAUACUUACUACCUGAAUGGCAGCAAGAUCUACAUCAGCAACGGUGGCUUCGCUGAUAUUAUGACUGUUUUUGCCAAGGUCAAAGUGGAGGGAGUAGAUAGGAAAAAGGAGGACAAGAUAACAGCAUUUAUUGUGGAAAGGGCCUUUGGUGGCAUCACAUCUGGCACACCAGAGGACAAGUUAGGUAUCCGAGGAUCAAAUACAACGUCGAUAUUUUUUGACAACACACCAGUGCCUGCAGAAAACAUCUUAGGGGAAGUGGGAGAUGGAUUUAAGGUAGCCAUGAAUGUACUUAACAAUGGAAGGUUUGGAAUGGGAGCUGCCCUGGCUGGUGGCCUUAGAGAGCUUAUUGCGUACACCUCAAAGUAUGCCGUUGAACGUGUGCAGUUUGAAAAACCCCUGUGUGACUUCUACCUGAUCAAGGACAAAAUUUAUAGGAUGACAAGUCUGACAUAUGCAAUAGAAAGCAUGGUGUAUGUGGCAUCCGCAAUCAUCGAUGUUGUCGAGGAACCUGACUGCGCGCUAGAAUGUGCCAUAGUUAAGGUGUUCAGUUCAGAUGCUGGACAAUACGUAGUCAACGAGUGCCUUCAAAUCCAUGGUGGUUCGGGUUUCAUGAGGUCACUUCCCAUUGAACAGUAUUACCGAGACAUCAGAAUACUCUCCAUCUUCGAGGGAACGAAUGAAAUUCUACGGCUAUUUAUUGCUCUGAUGGGUCUGCAGUACACUGGAAAGCAGCUUGCAGAUCUCAUAUUGAAACUGAGGAAUCCUUUGGCCAAUCCUAUAACAGCGAUACAGAAAUUGUGGGAACGCCGUCGUGAUGCUGCCGACAAGCCUGUCCAAGACUUGGAGCUUUAUUCUGCUCUGCAUCCGUCCUUGCAAGGUGGAGCCGAUACGUUGGAGUACUGCGUCAAACGCCUCAAGUACACGGUAGAAAUAGCUUUACAACAUUAUGGGAAGGAAAUCAUUGAGCAGCAGAUGGUUUUGGCCAACCUGGCGGACAUGGUGAUACAGAUCUACGCCAUGGCGUGCGUUCUCGGUCGUGCGUCACGAUCGUAUUGCAUUGGUCUUCCCAAUGCAGACAUAGAGGUUGACCUUGCUCUUUGCUUUUGUCACGAUGCAAAAAAGAAGGUGAAAAUCUGUGAAAAUGAAAUUGACGAAGAGAUAAGCAACUAUGUGCACGUCAAGAAACGGCAGAUUGCCGACAAGGUGUUCCAGGACAAGGCAUACUUUGCAGUGCACCCACUGACGAAGAAUUACUGACUCAAGAGGUUUAGGACCGACUCGAUUGUAUAGUCUAGCCAUUUUUCAUUGCCGAACACACAGACCCACCAUGUUGAUUGUGACAAUUUUAGGACAAAAAUCAACCCUUGUUUUAUAUCGCAUACAAAAUGAAUAAAUGUUAAGUUCUGUCUGUUGA